UAUCAAAUAAAAAAAGUUUGUGUCAAAAGGUUUAUCCAUUCAAAAGUUGUAACCCUCCAAGUUUGGUAGGCUCGCAUACUCAAUUUAAGCCUAUUCUCCCUCAACCUUCUUCUCCUAUAAUCAACCUAAAUUUAAAAUUAUUCCUUCAUUUUGUAGCUAAUCGUCUCCUCUAUCAAAUAAAAAAAAGUUUGUCUCAAAAAGUUAAUCCAGUCAAAAGUUGUAGCUCUCCAAGUUUGGUAGACUCAGUUAUGCCUAGUUGCGGACUCACCGCCAACCUUUUUCUCCCCCAAUCCUCUCUCCCUUUUCUCUCAUUUUUUAUUUAUUUAUUAUUAUUUUCUAUUUAUUAUUGUUGCCAAGUUUUUUUUUAUUUUUAAUUUAGUUUCAAUUUAAAAAUGUUUGUUAUUUUUUUGUUAUUGUUGAAAAAUCAGAAAAUUAAAAUUUUUUUGCCUUCCUGGAAGGAAAAUUAAAAAAAACCUCCCUAAACACAAUGAAUAGUCCAAUUUCCGUUUCCUUCCAAAUAAAAGUACGAACAAAAAAUAUGGAGGAAAUAAAAAAAGAACAUAUUCAAGAGUACACAUUUUGACCUUUCUCCUCUCCCCUCAUACCUUCCCCUUCCCUAUUUUUUCUUUGGGUGUUUUUAAAAUUCAAAAAAAACUACAAAGGAAAAAUCCCUCAAUCUUCUAGAGGACACAGAUUCUAGAUAGAGGACACAGAUUUCCAAUCCCCUCUAAUUUAUAUCUCAACAAGGUUCGCGCCUUUACUUAAGGGAUGGGACGGGCUGAGAAAAAAGGUCGAGUCGGGUUUCGGUUUGGAAAAGCCCUGGGUUUCGACCCGUUCCAUCCAUGCUCUACUCGACCCGUCCCCUUGUUGUCUUCCACACUUCUUCCACUUUUCCAGUACAUUCCCUCCCCCUCUCUCUCAUGCUACCUCAAUACAGAGAGGAAUCGGAAUUCCGACGUUUUUUUCUCCUCCGAGUUCCGAUUUCCGAAAAUUUGGAAAAUUUCCAAGUUCCGAAAAUUUAGGCUUAUUUCCGACUUC